GACAGCAGCAAUGGGAGGCCGUACAGGGACCCAUGACACACUCUGGACCUGGCAGCAGCAUGAGGAGGCGGUACAGGGGCCCAUGGCAGAGUGGCAAAGCGUAAGCAGCUUAAAUUGAAGGCCAUACAGAGGCCUAUGUUAAAAAGUCCCCCCAGCAGCAGUGUGGGGAGACGACUAUCAAGAGUCCAAUUGCAGAGUGGCGGAGCAGAAGCAGAUUCAAUUGAAGAAGAAGAGGAUGAGGAUGAAGAAGAAGAAGAUGAGGAUGAAGAAGAAGAAGAGGAUGAGGAUGAAGAAGAAGAAGAAGAAGAAGAGGAUGAGGAAGAAGAAGAAGAGGAGGAUGAGGAUGAAGAAGAAGAAGAAGAA